CCUGCUCGGAGCGCCGGCCCGAUGGCGGCGGCGAUGGCCGAGCAGGAGGGCGCCCGGAACGGCGCCCGGAACCGAGGCGGCGUCCAGCGCGUGGAGGGCAAGCUGCGCGCCAGCGUGGAGAAGGGCGACUACUACGAGGCCCACCAGAUGUACCGGACCCUCUUCUUCAGGUACGUGUCACAGGGCAAGCAUGCAGAGGCCCGGGAGCUUAUGUAUUCAGGGGCAUUACUGUUCUUCAGCCACGGUCAGCAGAAUAGCGCCGCAGACCUGUCUAUGCUGGUGCUGGAGUCCCUGGAGAAGGCGGAGGUUGACGUGGCCGACGAGGUGCUCGGAAACCUGGCCAAGCUGUUCAGUUUGAUGGACCCCAACUCCCCGGAGCGGGUGGCAUUUGUAUCCCGAGCCCUCAAGUGGUCUGGAGGCGGGUCCGGGAAACUGGGGCACCCCAGGCUACACCAGCUGCUGGCCCUCACCCUGUGGAAAGAGCAGAACUAUUGUGAGUCGCGGUACCACUUCCUGCAUUCGGCCGACGGGGAGGGCUGUGCCAACAUGCUGGUGGAGUAUUCCACGUCGCGGGGCUUCCGCAGUGAGGUGGACAUGUUUGUGGCCCAGGCUGUGCUCCAAUUUCUCUGCUUGAAAAACAAAAGCAGCGCUUCUGUGGUGUUCACGACCUACACACAGAAGCACCCGUCCAUCGAGAGCGGACCCCCAUUUGUUCAGCCCCUUCUCAACUUCAUCUGGUUCCUGCUGCUGGCAGUGGACGGGGGAAAGCUGACCGUCUUUACAGUAUUGUGUGAGCAGUACCAGCCAUCUCUCAGGAGAGACCCCAUGUACAAUGAGUACCUCGACAGGAUAGGACAGCUGUUCUUCGGCGUGCCACCCAAGCAGACGUCUUCUUACGGAGGCUUGCUAGGGAAUCUUCUAAGCAGCCUCAUGGGGCCGCCGGAGCAGGAGGAGGGCGAGGAGGGCCAGGAGGACAGCAGCCCCAUCGAGCUCGACUGA